AUGCACCAAGCUGCUUCCAAUGUCAAUGACAAGAUGUGGGUCUUCUGGGAUAAAGAAUUCAAUGCUUCAGUCACUGAUCAUGAUGAACAACAGUUAACACUUGAGAUGAGACAUGUGGAAUAUGACUCCCCUUUCUUCCUCAUUGUUGUAUAUGCCAAAUGCAAGCCAAUUCUGGGAAGACCCUUGUGGGAAGUGUUGAGACACAAAUCAGCUACUUAUGAUUCUCCAUGGUGUGUGAUUGGUGACUUCAAUGUUAUUGCCUCAGUUGAAGAAAAGAUAGGAGGCAUUCCUUACCAAAUGAACAAAAGUCUGGAUUUCCAUUGCAUGAUAGAAGAUUGUGGCUUGGUGGAUUUGGGCUUCUAUGGUCCCAAAUGUACCUGGUCCAAUGGCAGAGUCUCUCAUUUAGCAUCAGCAGGUUCAGAUCACACCCCCCUCCUCAUGGAGAUGAGAGUUAGGCAAGAAAAUAGCACCAAGUACUUUAAGUUCCUAAACCUGUGGGUUGACAAUCCUAACUUCAAGCCAUUUAUUCAAGGAAUCUGGGAUAAUCAUGUAACUGGUAGUCCUAUGUGGAUCUUCCAUCAAAAAUUGAAAUCCCUCUCAGCUGGUUUAAGUCAGUGGUCAAGGCAAGAAUAUGGUGACAUCUUCCAAAAGGCAAAAGAAUAUGAAGAAAAGGUAAAGGUAGCAGAGAUGGUUUGGGCUCAGACCAAUGAUGAAAUUGACAGGUGGUUCAAAGAUGGAGAUGCAAAUACCAAAUACUUCCACAGCCUCAUCAGAGGCAAAAGAAGAAUGUUAUACAUCCACAAGAUCAGAGAUGAAGAUGGGCAAUGGAUUCAGGGUGAUGAGGCUAUUGGUAGUGCAGCCUGUGACUUCUACCAAGACCUCUUUACUGAUCCUGGAGGACCAAUCAGAGAAGAUCUUUUGCCAUAUCGUACUCUAUCAGAACUCAAAGAAGUUGUCUUCUCCAUGAACCCUACCAGUGCUGCCGGACCAGAUGGCUUUAAUGGCAAAUUUUACCAAUCUUGA